AUGUCCGCUGCCUCCUCGUCUACUGAUAGCCUUAAUAAGGCCAUAGACGAGUACUGUGAGGAUACUAGUGAGAGGUCUAACUCUAGCAGUGCUAGUGAUGAGAGUGGAGGAAGCACGGACGAGAACUACUCUUCUGGGGCCCCUGGGCUCCCUAUUGAGGUCGUCCAAGAACAGCUUAGGAGAGCUUCUGGCUCUCAAGCUGGUUCUCCGUCCAAUCCUACGGACGAGGUAGAAACCGUCUUCAGCUGCGCUGUAGGCGUCCAUUCUAAGACGGACGAACAGAGGUUAAAUAGCCUUAAAUCCUGGUAUCAAAUCCCAGACGAGUUUAACCCUAGGCUGCCCGUCCGUGGAGAGUGGUGUUGUGAGCCCCGUUUUGGUUUUUAUCAGUUUACUGCUAGAGGGAAUGAUUGUAGGUUGAUCAAGUCCCUAGCUUCGUCUGAUAGGAAAUGGAAGACGGAGUUCAUUUUCGUUUCAGGCUUCUGGGCAGGGAACCCUGUGGACGUUGGCAGGGAUCCCUUUCCCCCUUACACUGGGGAACUAGGGAACCUUCGUCCAGAAGCUGCCAAACGUCCGUCCCUGAGUAAAUUCCGUCGUGACCGCGUCCAUAGAGCUCGUCUACAUACAGACAGGAGCUUUCGUUCUCUUGUCACGCUAAGACGUUUAGCCAAGUGGGGUUUAGGUCCUGAGCCUUCAGACGAAGCUAUCGCCCACGAAGUUACUGUGCGAAAAAGAAUGUCAACAAUGAAAGAGAAUAGAGGGAAGGAGAUUGCAGGAGAGGGGAAACGUCCUGAGGGUCAAGCCCAAGAUCGUCCUGAGGGUCAGACUCGUCCAACGGCUGGGGACAAAAGGAAGUUCUUGCCAAAAAAUAUUGACUUGGAAGGGCUCCCCAGUCGUAGGGACAAAAGGGUCAAGUCAGGCUCGUCCAAGGUGGUCAAGUCCAAACCUCCCCAGUCCCAGCCUGCCGUCCAGAUAGUUGAUGUGGACUCGUCCACUCCAGUGGAGUCCACGCCGUCCAAGACUCCACCCAGAACUCCUUUGGCCAAGUCUACCACGCCUGGCUCGUCCCAAUGGCUGUCAAGGACGAAGAUAUAA